CUCUGCCAAAAAUCAAAUAAGCUCUGCCUUCUUGACUCUACGCGCACAUCUAAUGCGCAGCUACGUCACCAUCCGGUUGCAACGCGAGAGAAGGGCGCGAGAUAGAAAUCCAGGAGCGCGGAGAGUCCGGGCGCUCCGCUCCAGCUGGUUACAAGCUGAACCUUUACUAUUCAAAAACGAGCCUCCGUCACCAUCACAGACCGCCUCAAACACACAACAAAUACGAGGAAUAUAAGGACAGACGACUAAAUAUACACGCACAUGACGUUCAAAGGCAGCAGGAGAAACCACAGUCUGACCGUAAACAACAGAAACAGAGGGAAAUGUCUUGGUGGCCGCGCGGUGAGGAUGGAGAAGAGGCCAUGCAUCAAGACACUGACUCUGAUGUGGCAGAACAGAGAGACGGUGGGAAAGUGAAGGUGAAGUGGACACAAGAGGAGGAUGACAAGCUCAAAGCUCUGGUUCAAAAACUGGGACCAAAUGAUUGGAAAUAUAUCGCCAAUUUCAUACCAAGUCACACUGAACACCAGUGUCAGCACCGCUGGUUUAAGAUCUUGGAUCCCGAGUUGGUUAAAGGCCCUUGGACCAAAGAGGAGGAUGAGAAGGUUAUAGAGCUAGUAAAUCGCUACGGCAACAAGCAGUGGGCAACGGUUGCCAAACAUCUGAAAGGCAGACUGGGGAAGCAGUGUAGAGAGCGUUGGCACAACCACCUCAAUCCCAAUGUGAAGAAGUCAUCAUGGACAGCAGAGGAGGACCUCAUCAUCUACAAGGCUCACUGCCUGCUCGGAAACCGCUGGGCUGAGAUUGCCAAACUUCUCCCCGGAAGAACGGAUAAUGCAGUGAAGAAUCACUGGAAUUCUACCAUCAAGCGCAAAUUAGAGAUGGGCUUCUAUGCUGGGGAGGUCUUUAGGCCAAAUGAACUCGAAGAGCUGUUGGCUCGUCUUAAUAAAGACGUUCAGAUGCCCAGUAGCUCUGAAGAUGUUGCAGAAAAGGAUCCAGAGCAGAGAACACAUCCUUCAUUGCAGGAGACUCCUGUCUCAGCCACGGCUAAAGCAGACUCUAGUGAAGCAGGGCCAUCAAAGGCUUCGUCCUCUCCAAAUGAGAGUUUAAGCCCCAAGACUGAAACAGACGCCACAGGAGAAAGUAACUCUACCAGCUGGGUGGUGGACAGCUCUGGAUUUCUCUCCCCUACUGGCCCAGCACUGAAGGAAGUGCUGGACAUGGUGGAUGGCGACCUUGAUGGCUGGUGCAACCUAGCAGCCUUCGACCUGCCUGCGGAGAGUCCAAGCCCAGAGCGCCACCAGUUUCGUCUGGAAGGCAGCGCUUUGCAGGAGUUGAGCAAAGGCAGCAAGGGGGAACUCAUCCCCAUCUCUCCUGGAGGGGUAACACCACCCUCCAUACUUAACCGCCGAAGCCGGAGACGCAUCGCCUUGUCUCCUGAUGGCAGUAACUCCAUGACUCCCAAGAGCACUCCUGUCAAAAUCUUGCCCUUUUCUCCAUCUCAAUUCCUCAACAUGUGGACCAAGCAGGAUACUCAUGACCUGGAGAACCCGUCUCUCACAUCCACACCAGUGUGCAGCCAGAAAGCCAUCGUUACUACACCGCUACAGCGUGAUAAGACCCCCCUCACCCAGAAGGAGUUUGUUACACCCAACCAUAAGUCUGAGCUCUGUUCGACUCCACGAACUCCAACACCAUUCAAAAAUGCCAUGGAGAAGUACGGGCCUCUGCAGCCUCUGCCACAGACUCCAAACCUUGAAGACGACAUAAAUGAGGUCAUCCUCAGAGACGGUGGGAUUGACCUGGUUGCUGUACGUUCAACUCCACCUGAGCAAAGACGCAAAACGAUGCAUCGCCCUCCAAUGAAGAAGGUGCGGAAAUCAUUGGCUCUAGAUGCUGUAGACUGCCAAGUGAAGACUACAUCCAAACGCAAAUCCAUCCAAACUGAAGCCAAACACACCAUCAAGGAAGAACCGAUGAUCGUUUGUCUCAACUCGUCGUCAUUUUGCAAUAAGCAGCAUGAAAACAUUUUGGAUCAGGGCUUCCUUUUGGGGCCUAGUGACAGUGCCAUAUUUUCCAGCACAGUGCCCCCAGUUCUGAUGUCAAAAGAAUGGGAGACAGUUGUUUGUGGACAAACUAAAGACCAGCUCAUCAUGACGGAGAAAGCAAGACGCUACCUCCGCUCACUUAAAUCCCACGCUCCCAACCGGGCUCUGAUUCUGUCCUGAGGCAUCUUUACACCAACAUGUUACACAUGCAGAACUCCAUGUUGCUGUUUCUGUUUUCCCUAUACUUUUUCCUGUUGUAAUUUGCGGUGGGGGAAAAGAACAUGUCGUGUAGGUUUUUGAACAAGUCAUUAUCAAUGAAAACACUGAAAAUAUGUAGCCCUAGCAAUAAUUUAAGAGAAAAUGGGAUUGAAGAUUUUUGUCUCACUCCAGUUGCCUUGUACAAGGCUUGAAAAAGAAGUUACGAAUCCUCUUUCAUUGUAUUGUAAUUAAAAUAUGUAAAGAACGAUGAAUGUAAUGUUGAAAAGAAUCACGGUUAGCUAUCCCUGAAAAGACAUGGUUUUACAUUGCAUUAUGUGUCUGUAAUUUAACCGUUUUAACGUUAUGAAGAGUACAACAACUCAGGUUGCACUGCCGUAUCUUAGGUUCUGUUGUAUAACUGGAGUAAAUUCAGACAAGUUGAUCAGUAAUACAUUUAGAGGCAAGGAGUCAUUUUGAAAUGUUUAGUUGACAUUGUCUUGUUGAAAUUAGUUUAGCUUGUGUCUAGAUCCAUACAUUAAAAGUGAGGACCUCAGGGAGGAACAUUUUGAAAAUUAGCUGUCUGCUAGAAAUGUAAAAUUGACUGCAGCACACAUCUACAAUCCAUCAAGGUGGCUUCCUGCUAAUGGAGAUCUAACAAAGCUGUUUGUUAUGCAAGUAGUUGUGGAGUAAUGGAGGUAUGGAUGCUUUUCCACUGUUGAAUGAAAGAGUAUUAUGUUAUUUGGCACUGUUUGUAAAUAAAUACAGUUGUAUGUUUUUAUUAUA